AGAAGCUGGGGCGGUGGAGUCAGACCCAACCUGCGGCGUAUGAACGUCCAUGGUGGUCAGCACUCAUCCUCUCACCAGAAAGCUGAAGGAGAAGAAGAGUGACUCAUGACUCGAAGGGUCACGGCAGCCUCGGUGACCCGGCCCUGUUUCUCUCUCCGUGUGACGCCAAGCCGUCGGACACCUGUUGCUGCGCCAGCUGCUGGCUGGUUGUGACCCACAUCGUGGUGAACCAACAUCCGUUCACAUCCGGCCUGAAGUGGACUUGGAAAUGGUGACGUCAUGAGCGCCCAGGAGACGACCGAAAGAGGGCGAGACGCUGCCUCUAAUGGAAGCGGAGGAGGCGGAGACAGAGAGCGAGGAGCGACAGACGGGAUGGAGAGCAGCGCAACAGGCGGCCGCGGAAGACGCGCCGGUCACUCGGGGUCAUGACGGCAGAAGCGUACCGGCGCCGGUCGCUCUCUCCAGCGAGCGGUUCCUCUGUCAACGGCACCAGACACCGACGAGCCUCCCGCGCGCACCACCACCGCCAGCCGGCCCGAGCCGUUGCUAUGGCAGCAGACCUCACGACAAACAAGUCCCAAACCCGCCGAGCGCGGACCGCGGGUGGCGAGAUGCAGCCGCCGGUCCCGAACCUCACCUGGUCUGGAGUCCUCGGCUCCCGCUACUGCUCCGGGUGGACCUUGGUUUUCCCCGGCGACGACAGCAUCUCCGGGGUUGGUUCUACCUGGGAAUCCCAAACAACUUCCGGGCCCAUGCUGGGAUACAGACAGAACCAUCGUCGGCAGGAUUGUCGAGCGCAUCGAUGCGUGUCAGCCGCUGGACCCAGUGACCCGAACCACAACUCACUGUCGUCUGCGCUGAGCGUCGGGCUCCUCCGGAGCGCCAUGCUUCUCGUCUCACGACGCUCACGUGACCCCGCUGGGGUGUCAGUGGUCUCUUCGAGCCCAACCAGGAAUGCGCGCCAUCACGCCCUCGCUCUCCUGUCGACCACCUCCGAAGGAACCUGAGCAGCUUCGUCACGGUUUUUAAUACUGUCGGACUGUCAUCCCUGCGACAGCUUCCCUGGACGGAAACUCGCAGGUCACGCUGGAUUCAUGAUCCCAGCUGGGUCCUGAAGUCACGUGACUGUCUGGUCUGACCACGAGAUGGCAGCAAAGUGCUUCGAAAUGUGGCUGACGCCACUGGCGCCCCCUGCCGGACGGAGUCAGGCGCGGUCAGUUGAAGCUGCGCGCGCGGUGUCGUCGGACCAGGAUCUGGUAGGCGUCGUGGAGCUUGACGAACAUGGCUUCGGCCUGGAGGCUGGGGUUGUGGUCGGGGUGCCAGGUCUUGGCCAGCUCUCGGUAGCUGCGGCUGAUUUCCUCCAGGGUGGCGUCCGCAUCCAAAGACAGGACCUGCGGCAGAGAGGUCACGUGACUGUUCAACAAUGCCUCAUCGUGACCUCUGACCUGCAGCGCCUCCAGCUCCCUGUGGCUGUACUGUCUGAGCAGCAGUUCCAGGACUUUCCUCCAGGCCUCCGGGUAGUAGCCCCCUCCGGUCAGGACGCUCAGGAUCCGGUACGGAAUGAGCAGGACGUGCUCCGUCAUGCCCUUCAGCCAGGGCAGGAACCAGAAGGCGUCCAGCAGCGCCGCCAGGCACUCGGACAGGCAGUGCAGCGUCGCGGUGGUGUUGUGGAAGACGCAGUAAGCCAGUGGAGCGGAGAAGGCCAGCCAAGCCAGAGCCAGCCGGUAGAGUCUGGGACCUGGACAGGAUCACAGACUUGAGUCGCUCCGCAGGGAGGGCGAGGGCUCUGCUCUGGCCACGCGGCUCACUCACCGAGGCGCUGAGAGGUGGCCGGCGCCCGUUUGACCCUGCAGUGCCGAGCGGCCGUGACGGCGGCGGCCAGGCUGAUGGGGAGGGGGGACAGGGUGCUGCCGUAGAAGAUCGGAGAUGUGAUGAGGCAGGCGAUCAAGGUCUUCUGCAGGUCGGAGGUCUGCUGGCCCACGGUGGACACCAGGUGAACCCCGGCCCCCACGCUCAGAGGCAGAACCAUCAGGUCGAAGAAGCGGAGGGAGCCGAGUCCCAUCAGAGCCACGCUGCCGAAAUACAUCCCGACACACACCUGACCCACAAACCGGACGGGGCCCACGGAGGGGGGCCUGUCUGGGCCUGACCCGUUGGCUUGGCUCACGUAAGCGGGGAGACGAAGGGCGUCCCGGAGCCAGCCCACGCCGAAGCCGCCCAGAGUGAGCAUCCACAGGAGCGCGUGGCUGUCCCGCCUCAGGUACAGGUGCUGAAGACCCAGGGGACCCCCCAGCGCCCACAGGACGUAGGCCACCAGCAGGCUCUUCAUCUGAGGGUCUGCUGCCUGCCCGGCAGCCUUCAGGAGACAGGUGGUCUGUCGCUCUCUGGUUGUACCUCGUGUGGCCGACUCCGGCGGCGAGCGACUUCACUGUCACUGCCACGCCUUUUGACUGCUCUCUGUCGAGUCGGGUCGCGGGCUGCUCCGGUCUGUUCAGUCCUGUCUGUCCCUCAGCGCUUCAUAAAUUCUCCUGUCCGCCACAGACACGUCACCAAAUCAAACACAGGCAGCACCUUGCUGGUCACGUGACCUUGAACCCGUGAACCCAGCCAGCGUUAGAGCAACGCGGCAAAACGCAGCGACCGCUCCUGGGUAAUGUCGCGUGAUGUCGCCAGCGGGCUAUCGUCUUGCUUCUCCCUCGCCUCUGCUCCAGGACGUCAUGGUUCCACAGUGUCUCCGGAUGAUCUGCCGCUGAAGGCCGGCGCGCUGCCACGGCAGAUGGACUUUGGAUGGUGACAGAUAACAAACACUCAGCUGCGGUGGGAAGGCUGCUCGACAGGAGCCGCCCCUUUUUGACUUGGACAGUAUCUUGAGCUCCUUUUCACCAAAUUCUCUUCAGAUGAACGACGGCGAUGACCCUGCGGGCCACAGAGCCACACGCACAGGGGAUGUGCUCCACUGUGUCGUCUCAGGAAUGACGGGCGUUUGCCCUCAAACUGUCACUCACGUCACAGGUGGCGCAACGUGCAGGACCAGAAUCACUCUCGCGACCCAAGGUUCGGAAGGCGAGGGUGUUGGUUGAUCUACUGCGGUGAGGAUCAGCUUGCUCCUGAGGACAUUUGGCUGAUCACAACUGGGUCUCGGUUCAGGUGCCGCGCCUGAGGCGCUCCAGGCCACGCCCCCUUGCCGAACCCCGCCUCGUCAGCUAAGCACCGCCCGCGCGCUUAGCCCCGCCCGCCUCCCCAGUCCACGACAGUUCGCUCCUCAGACUCUCCCGGGAGCCCGGAGGUGGCCCGGCUCUAAACCCUGCGGCCGGUGUGCCGUCGACUCCGCGGUCCUGGGAUGGUUCCGCAAGAUGGAAACGGACGACGUGUCGGUGAGAGAGCAACUGUUCCACAACCGCGUCCGGGAGACCAUCAUCUGCGUGCUUCUGUUCUCCUGCCUCUACAUGGUCUGCUACCUGGUGCUCACACACUUCCGGAAGACGGCGGAGUUUGUCACAGAUGACACUGAAGAUGCCACCGUCAACAAAAUAGCGUUGUGGCUCUGCACGUUCACGCUGUCAGUUGCCGUGUGUGCGGUCCUGCUCCUCCCCAUCUCCAUCCUCUCCAACGAGGUGCUGCUGUCCUUCCCCCAGAGCUACUACAUGCAGUGGCUCAACGGCUCGCUGAUCCACGGUCUGUGGAACCUGGUUUUCCUCUUCUCCAACCUGUCGCUGGUCUUCCUCAUGCCUUUUGCCUACUUCUUCACUGAGUCCGAGGGGUUCGUGGGCUCAAAGAAGGGCGUGAUGGCUCGGGUCUACGAGGCCGUGGUGCUGCUGCUGCUCCUGGCUCUGCUUGUCAUGGGCAUUGUGUGGGUGGCCUCUGCUCUGCUCCACGACAACAUGGCCCGGGAGAGUCUGUACGAUCUGUGGGAGUACUACCUGCCGUACCUGUACUCGGGCAGCUCUCUGUUGGGAGUCCUGCUGCUUCUCCUGUGCACUCCGUUUGGCCUGUCCCGGAUGUUCAGUGUGACGGGCCGCCUGCUGGUCAAACCUCGGCUGCUGGAGGAUGUGGAGGACGCGCUGAGUUGCACCUCGUUUGAGGAGGAUUCGCUCUCCAGAAAGCUUCACGGUGGGGAGUCGUCCUGCUGGGUGCGGCUGAGCGUGGAGGCCAUGAAGAAGGAGCACCAGGCUGCUCGGAGCAAACGCAUCGCACUGGAGACGCGGAGGAAAGCCUCGCUGUGGCAGCGGAACCUGGGCUACCCGCUGGCCAUGCUGCUCCUCCUGGCGCUGACGGUGAUGUGUGUGCUGACGGUCUGUGUCAACGUGCUGGAGCUGCUCUUGGAUGAGACGGCUCUUCCCCGAGGGAUGGAGGACCCUCGCCUGGGGAUGGCGUCCUUCUCCAUGUUCGGCUCCCUGGGCGCUGCCGUCCAGGUGCUGCUCAUCCUCUACCUGAUGGUUUCGUCCGUCGUGGGCUUCUACAGCUCGCCCCUCUUCACCGGCCUGCUGCCUCGCGCUCAGGACACCAACCUCACACAGAUGAUCGGGAACUGCGUUUCCCUCUUGAUCCUGAGCUCCGCACUUCCUGUUUUCUCCCGCACGCUCGGCAUCACGCGCUUUGACCUGCUGGGAGACUUCGGCCGCUACAACUGGCUGGGGAACUUCUACGUGGUCUUCAUGUAUAACAUGAUGUUUGCUGGACUCACGUCCGCGUCCCUCAUCAAGACGCUCACCUGGGCCGUGCAGAGAGAGCUCAUCCGGGCCUUCGGUCUCCACAAACUCCCGCUGACUGUGUCUCGCUCAACCGUCCCCUUCAGACUCCUGCUGGCCAGCGGACUCUCAAAGAUCCACUGAGUGGAAUGGUCAGUGGGGCGCUGCUCACUUCAGUCCUUCAGAGGUUUGACCGUUCUCUGGACUUGAGGACUAACUGAGGUACUACUGUGACCCCAAAUCUGUGAGGCACGUGUCCAGGAUUUCACCGCUCUUAGUGGUGCUGAGGCAACUGUCUCGAUGGGGACUCUGAUGGCAACGGCAGUCUCCGGUGAGAAGGACUCAGAGACCCGCCAGCAGGUCCAGGAGCCAGUGUCCCUCGGGGGUCUGGCUGUUGCCUGUCAAGCUGCUGCGGCAGAAACCACCAGACUGUGAAUUCUUCUGUGGGAAACGUGCAAUAAUACGCCCAGGCGCACUGCCUGGGUCCUGAGGUUAUUGGGGGGCGGGGGGUCCAGUCACCGGCGGGUCUGACUUUGAAGAUGCUGAAUCGGCAGCGCUGUUCAUUUCUGUUUGAUGUCUGAGGUCCAGUGCUGACCUCACCUGGAGUGUGGCACUGUUUUGACUGGAGUGCUGCUGCAGCAGCAGGUUGUCAGCCAUCGUCGCGCGUGCGCGUGCGCGUGCGCAGGGUUCAGUGUUUCUCCACCAUCCACGUUACGCGGCCUUCUCUUGCUUUUUGUUUUUUACUGCUGCGUUUUGUAUCAGGUUCAGAUCAUUCCAACCUUUGAGGUCUCUGCCAUGGUGCCGCCAGUGUUCUCACUUUUCCAAAGUGAUGCUGUUGAAAAAAAAGCUCAAUAGCUUGUUUUGUAUUUUUGAAAGUGGUGCGUGCAGAUGAGCAGAGCCAAUAAAGCCGUCGUGUGUC